AUGUCUCAAGAACUUCCACAAAUUGAAAUUGUUCAAGAAGGUGAUAAUACUACAUUUGCUAAACCAGGUGAUACAGUAACUAUUCAUUAUGAUGGGAAAUUAACUAAUGGUAAAGAAUUUGAUUCAUCAAGGAAAAGAGGUAAACCAUUUACUUGUACUGUUGGAGUUGGUCAAGUUAUUAAAGGUUGGGAUAUUUCAUUAACUAAUAAUUAUGGUAAAGGUGAUAAUGAUUUACCAAAAAUUUCUAAAGGAACUAAAGCAAUUUUAACUAUUCCACCAAAUUUAGCUUAUGGACCAAGAGGGGUCCCACCAAUUAUUGGUCCUAAUGAAACUCUUGUUUUUGAAGUUGAAUUACUUGGUGUUAAUGGUAAAUAA